CGUUACCCAACAACCAGACAAAAAAAAGGCAGACUUCCUGGAACGAGUGUGUUCUUCAUCGAGUGCAGCAGGAGGUGUUGUUCAGACUGGUCGAAGAUGCCUCUGCCGCCGUUUGCUCUGCUGUUUCUCGCUGGAGUCUUCCUGACCUCCUCUGAGGCGCAAAGCUCCUUCAGCAAACUCACAGACUCCUACAAGAAAGGUGUGGAGCUCGCUCUGCAAAAUAUCAAUGCUCACGAAGGCGUCCAGCAACAUUUUCUCUUCUUUAAAAGCAUCCAGAAGUCGCAAAUUGAGGCAGGGUUUGAUGUCACCUACAUCUACCAUCACUUUUAUCUGAAAGCCACCAAGUGCCAAAGAGGAACCGAGAACGCUGAUACAACCACGUGUGCGUUCAGGAAUGAUCGGCCUCUGAUUGACUGUGCCAUCUGCUACAAGACCUACGCUGGAGCGAUUGAGUCAGAACCCAAACCAUAUGUGAACUGUGUGCAUAAACCUGCUCUCACCGAGGACAUGGAGAAAGAGAGAAUGGAUCACUGUAAUAAGAUGGGUUACAGUAGCGGAUCCCCCACCCUGCUGGCCGUCAAAACUUCAUGAACCGCUGGAGACAUUCGGAUGUUCAGGGUUUGAAGAACACAGUGUCAAUGAUCUUAACUGUUUUUUGUCUGGCCCUUAGUGCCAAAUCAGCUCUUUCUUCACGCAUAUUUGCUUCACAAGAACUGAAGUGAGAGUAAAUGUAACAUUUUACCACUGUAAUUAUCAAAAGCAACCAUCACUGUGACCCUAACUUUUCUUAACUUUAGGUUUUCACGGUUAUACACGAACACAUUUUAAAUUGCUUUUAAAUGGAUAUGCAUUAUAACACAUGAUCAGGUAAAUGUUCAAAUGUAUUGGUUACAAGUAAAGAACAUGCAAUAAGGCAUUACAAAUGCAUAUCAGUAUAUAUUCCUUCAUAUGCAUUUUGUAAUUCAAGAUUUUAGGGUCUUGUUUAAAAAGGUAACACUAACAAAACCUUAUUGUAAAACUAACUACAUUUACAUCUAGUGAAAGGUACACUAUGUACUGGUAGGCCGAAUAGAGGAGAGUCUGCUGGCAAAAAGAAAACGUGACAGAGUUCGUAAUGAAACCAGAAUCAACAUUGGCUUGGCUUUUUGGAGAUGGUCAGAACUGAUGGAUUUGAAAUAUUGUAAAAGUGACGCUAAGAUUGCGUUUUUAUUACUCAACUGGUGAGUAAAGUAUUUUAUUAAAUGGAUAAAUUGCCACAUGUAGCGCCAAAGCACAGCCAAAACAAUGUUCUUCUACAAAAUGCAUGAGGUUUUGUUUUUCAACCGCUAGAGGGCCAACAGUUACAUAGUGUACUUUUAUCAUAAACGAAUGAUAAACAAUACUUAAGUCAUCUUAGUUAACUAUAAUUUCUACUUACUAAUAUAUUACAAGUUGUAUCUGUUAGCAAUGUGAGUUAACAUGAACAUGAAAUUAUUAUUUACUAACAUCAACAAAGGUUAAUGAAUGUUAUAUUGCAUAACUAAUGCAUUAUUGACACCUUGUUGUAAUGCAUUACAUUGAAAAUGACUAUUUUCUAAAAUAAUAAAAAUAUACACCUACAAAUGA